AUUUGAAUUGCCUACUACUAUAAGCUCACUUCAGCUUUCAUACUCUGCACUGAGGAGACCUAAACGUGCAUUUACCAUUUCAAAGUUCUGAACGCUGAUUGGUUGUAUUUAUCUUGACAAGAAGAGAUACGUUUGGACUUAAGUGGGGGGAAAAAAGAACUUCCUCAUGGAAACCACGAGAUUUGACUCCGUCACUGAGGAUUAUGAUUAUAGUACUGGUAUAGAUUCUGACAUUGGCAACACUGGUUUUUGUGACAAGACAACCGUCAGAACGUUCCGCCAGUACUAUGUCCCAGUCUUGUACUGGGUUGUCUGUAUUCUUGGGGCGUUGGGAAACCUGUUGGUGGUGGGAAUUUACGCCCCCUUCAGAAACAGGUUGAAGACUAUGACAGACGUGUAUCUUUUGAACCUGACCAUUGCAGAUCUGCUUUUCCUUUUCACUUUGCCUUUCUGGGCAGUCAGUGCAUCCGAAGGUUGGAUUUUUGGGUUGAUCAUGUGCAAACUAGUAACUUCAAUAUACAAGAUCAAUUUCUUUAGCUGCAUGCUGUUGCUCACUUGCAUCAGUGUUGAUAGAUACAUUGCCAUUGUCCAAGCAACAAAGGCCCAGAAGUUUAAAGUCAAACGACUUCUAUACAGCAAGUUGGUUUGUGUCUGUGUUUGGAUGCUUGCAAUACUUUUGUCUUUGCCAGAGCUGAUUUAUGCUGAUUUAAAAACAGAUGAUAAUGAAGAUAUUACAUGUGAUAUGAGCUAUCCAACAGAUAGUAAAACCUUAAAGAUUUUUGUUUCUGCCAUUCAAGUUAGUGUAGGCUUUUGCCUUCCUUUAGCUGUAAUGCUAUUCUGUUACUCAGUGAUAGUCAAAACCCUGCUGCAGGCUCAAAAUUUUGAAAAACACAAGGCACUGAAGGUUAUAAUUGCAGUAGUAACUGUUUUUGUCUUAACCCAAUUGCCAUACAAUGGCUUUUUAAUAGUAAGGACCAUAGAUGCAGCCAAUGCUACCAUUACUAACUGUGAAGUUGCUAAGAAGGUAGACAUUGCAACUCAAGUAAUGCAGAGCUUAGCCUACAUGCACUGCUGCCUCAAUCCAUUCCUAUAUGCUUUUAUUGGGGUGCGCUUCAGAAAAGAUCUCAUCAGAAUUUGGAGGUCAUUAGGCUGUGUUAAUUUGAAAAAGGUAAACAAAUUCCAAUCUGGCGCCAGUAGGUCAUCUGCAGCGUCUGAAACCGAACUUUCUGGGGCACUGUGAUUAUAAACCAGUAUUUGGUCAAAAUAUGUUGCUGUAUGAGGAAUACAGUUCACAUUACUAGGCUACUGUGAUUUUACUGACUACGUGGGGCGAAGGAUAAGCUGUAGUGAUUUAAUGACAUAACCGGCUAAAAAAAGGUUACCUGAUGUCUGCAUACAUAGACAAUGGCAAUAGUAUUAAUGAUGAUUCCCAGCUUAACUGGUCUGGAAUUGUGGGAGUAGUCAUAUGUAAACAUUUAUGAUCUUAGCUGUCAAUGUUAAAACUGGGUACAAACCUCUUAGCCCGUCAUUGAAAGUAAUCUUAGAAAAUGCAAAAGAUGCAAAAGUCUGUGUGGAGGCAAUCAUUUCUACUACAGCACAUUUGUCAUUAACAUAGUUAUUAAUUGAUAUUGUAUAUACAUAUUAUAUUAACAAUAUAUUUAGACAUGCAUUGAGGAAAUAAUAUCACAAUGACUGUUUGCUGUCUAUCUUAGUGCUGUGUUAUCUGAUAUAACUUUCUUCAGUAUUUUGCCAAUGUAUAUUAUCCUUGUAAAGUUGUAUUGUACAGUUUAUUAACCCUUCAAUAUAAUUAAUUCUGUUACCUGUUUAUUUCUCUGUGUUGUGUAAGUGCCAUGUCCUGGAACCUAUGUCAUUGCUGUUUAGCUUUCAGAUGCAUAUCAAUGAACUUCCCAGUGCAAAUGCGUGUAAAUACCAUACCAAUAAAGAUGCAUAUAACUUUGUAAA